AUGUGUUCGCGAAGCCAUUUUGCAGGGUUAACAGAGAAGGACGAGCUUGCACGCGUCGCCGCUGCCGUGCUUCGACAUCUACACAAUUUGAAGGCAAAAGAUAUAGUAAGCAUACUAGGCAGUCUCUCAAAGGCACGCUAUCGUAACUUUCAACUCUUCUCUGCUCUGGUUGAGCGACUCGAAAAACUGACACCUUUGCCACUCAACGAGGCACGCUCGGUUUUGAGCUUUUGCUGCCGGAUACAUUUUACGAAUACACUCUUAGUGAAGCGUUGCGCUGAAGUGAUCAGUGCAAAUCUCGACACACUGCGACCGUCCGAUGUUUGCGAUGUACUGCACUCCUUAACAAAGCUACGACACUGCGAUGCUACACUAGUGAACAGUCUGGUCUCGAAGGGGAUUGAAACUCUGGGGACCCUUGACGACCUCGCGCUAGUCAACUUUGCAACAGGCUGUGCCAAGGCGACCGUAAAAGCAGAAACGGUGGCUGUGGUAUGUCAGGAACUGCAAUCGCGAGCCGGUGUAAUUGGACCACUCGAAGCUCUCAGGUCGCUGCUCGUAUUGGCUCGCUUUCAAUCUCACCCCAACGCUAAGCCUGCAGCCACUUCGAUAGUCAAACGACUCAACUGUUCGAGGUUGUCAUUACUGCAACUGACGUUGGCGCUUGAGGCGGUGCUCUCUCUCGGUUGUGAAGGUGUGGAACGCGUCCAAGAGGCAUUGGAAACCAAACGUGAUGCAUAUCCUAGAGUGCCACCAGAGGUCAGUUAUUCAUAA